AUGGAAACAGGUAGUGUAAAGCUUCUAGGUUCAUGGGCAAGCCCAUUCGUGAACCGCGUUGAAAUAGCCCUCAAGAUAAAGUCUAUUGAGUCUCAUGAGCUUAUACAAGAAAAUGUGUUAAACAAAAGUGAGCUGCUUCUCAAAUCCAAUCCUGUUUACAAGAAAAUCCCCGUCCUGAUCCACGACGAACAGCCUAUCCGUGAGUCCCUUGUCAUUCUUCAGUACAUCGAUGAAGCUUGGCUUAAUGGUCCUUCCGUUCUUCCUUCUGAUCCCUAUGAUCGUGCCAUAGCACGAUUUUGGGCAGCCUAUAUAGAUGAAAAGUGGUAUCCGUUGGUUGUGGAGUUUAGGAACGUGGAAGCAAAAGAAGCAAAAACAGCUGUGGUAGAGAAAAUUUCUGAAGGGAAUAUGCUGCUGGAGGAAGCUUUUAUCAAGAUAAGCAAAGGUAAAUCUUACUUUGGUGGAGAUAGAAUUGGUUACCUUGGCAUUGUUCUUGGUAGUUUACUCGGAUGGGUGAAGGCAAUCGAGAUAAUGGAUGAAAUGAAGAUAUUAGAUGAAACGAAGUUGCCUAGCCUAGCUGAAUGGGAUGAGAGGUUUUUCUCAGACAAAGCUGUAAAGGAUAUCAUUCCACAGCCUGAGAAACUUGUGGAAGCUUAUCGAAAGUAUAUCGAGAUGAAGAAAGCUACCUCAAAUUACUAA